UUCCCUCAGUGUUCCCCCACUAGCUAUGGAGGCCUAGACCUUCCGGGAAGUGUUUCCUUUGGGAGCCGGAUCUCAGGUUACACCAACCCCGGAGAUGGUGCUGCCACUCUUGGGUUUGUCUUUCGAAUGUCCGGUGCCUAGGCAACGCCUUAAAAACAUCACUUCCUCUUCACUCGGAAUAAGAUCCUCGAGGCAGCCAUUUCAGCGGCUCCCGAAGUGCGUGCGUGUGAAGGAGAAUCAAGAUCGAGCAUGGCGGAGGAGGAAGAUCAUUCCUCUCGAGCCCUCUCUAGGAGCAGGCAACCCGCAGAGCCCAGUACCCCAGGGGAGCCUAUCUUGCCCACCACACAGAGAGUGAGCAUCACGCCUAGCUUUGAGCGGUCCUCCAGCAACUCCCAGUCUCCUAGCUCAGGUCCCCCCGAGAACUCCCCCACCGGCGGCCAGGCUGUGGCCCCCCUAACAGUGGUUGGCGGCGAAGGCGGGGCCCGCAGUGGUGAUAGUGGCUACAACGAAGGCAACAACAGCGGCAAUAGCAGCAGCAGCAGCAGCCGCCGCCGCCGCUGCCACCGCCGCCAUCGUCAGACCCUCCGACGCUUGGGCCUUGCCGGUCGGAACCAGCUCUUCUGCCACUGGAAUUCUGGUACCGGGGGUCAGGCCUGUGAGGUGCCCUGUAACCUAGUCUUCAACUACCUGCCAGAAUUAGUCAAACAUAUCCUGAAGGAGCAUGUGGGAGGUGCCGACCUGGUUUCUCACGUCUGUCGCUGGAUAGGCUGCUCUCGUCAGGGUAGACCCUUUAAGGCGAGGUAUAAGCUAGUCAACCAUAUCCGGGUACACACCGGGGAGAAGCCCUUCAUAUGUCCCUUCCGAGGGUGCAGGCGAGUGUUUGCCAGGUCGGAGAAUUUGAAGAUUCAUAGACGAUCCCAUACAGGAGAAAAGCCGUUCAAAUGUGUAUUCGAAGGCUGUGAAAAGAAGUUCGCCAAUAGCAGCGACAGAAAGAAGCAUGCUCUCGUGCACUCCAGCGCCAGGCCAUACCACUGCAAAUUCCAGGGAUGCCAGAAGGCCUACACCCAUCCCAGCUCCCUGCGCAAGCACCAGAAGUUCCACAGCACCACUCCGGCCACCACCACUGCUGAUGACUUCACUGCCAACACUGAAGGUCCCAGCACCAGUUCAGCCUUCUCUCCUAGGCCCAGCACCUCUGGGACCCCAGAGAUGGCAGUCCCCACAACUCCCAGCUUGAAAAAAGUUUCUAUUCAAAUAGUUUCCCUCUCCCAGGCUCCCAGGGUUGUUGGCCCCCAGGCCCCUAAGGUUUCUGGCCCUCAGGCCAAUCUAACAGGUCAUCUUUUCUCUAAACCUUUUCCAUCCAAUAAGGUGGCCUGCCCAGUAUUCAACCCAGUAGCCCGCUCAGCUUCUAGCCCUCCAUCUGGCCUGGUUCCUAUGCCUCAGACCCAAGUGGUUCCCAAGGCUGGUGGGUCUCUAGGAUCCAGUAUUUCUACCCCAGUAUUGAGGCCUAGUACCUUUAGCCCUAUGCGCUUCAAGUUUUCCAGCGGUCUGUGUUCCCCUCCAAGUUUCAAAAUUUCAAGUCAGCCGGGUUUAGAGAUCCCCAAUUCUCCAAGCUUGAAGCUUCCUACUCCUCCGAGUGUGGGGUCUUCUUCCUCACCGAUUUCCAGAAGUUCAAACCCAUUCGCUUAUUUUUUUGAUUCUGGUGGAAUGGGUUGCUGCUCAGGUCAGACUGGGGACAAAUCAACAAGAGCUGGUGGGCGGUCUGAGACCCACCUGUGGCUUGGGGCUCCUCUUACUGUACCAAUUUCUGGUCCAGGAGCUCCUUUUUUCAAGUCCUCUACUGUUCCUAGCAGCUUCCCAAAGAGUCAGCAGGUCUUCCAGGGGAUAAGGGAUUUGGAGAAACCCUGGUCUUCUCAAGAAGGGGGAGUGGAGAAGGUAGAGCUUAUGAAAAAGGAAGGAAAGAAAGAAGAAAAGGUAGAAAGUGAAGGUGCAGAAGAAAAGAGUGUAGGAAAGGAAGAAGAGAGCUCAGGAAAGGAAGAAGACAGUCUAGACAUGGAAGAAGAGAGUGUAGAAAGUGAAGGAGAGGAAGAAGAGAAUAUAGAAAAGGAAGGAGAACAAGAAGAGAAUGGAGAAGGAGAAGAGAGUGCAGGAAAGGAAGGAGAAGAAGAGAAUGUAGAAAAGGAAGGAGAAGAAAGUGUAGGAAAAGGAGAAGAGAGUGUAGAAAAGGAUGGCGAAGAAGAAGAGAGUGUUGAAAAGGAAGGAGAAGAUAGUGUAGAAAAGGAAAGAGAAGAGAAUGUAGAAGAAGAAAAUAUUGAAAAGGAAGAAGAGAGUGUAGAAAAGGCAGAAGAAGAAAAGGAUGUAGAAAAGGAAGGAGAAGAAGAAACGAAUGUAGAAAAGGAAGAAGAAAGUGUAGAAAAAGAAGAUGAGAGCGUAGAAAAGGAAGAAGAGAGUGUAGAAAAGGAAGAGGAGGGUAAAGAAAAGGAAGAAGAAGAAAAUGUAGAGAGUGUAGAUAAGGAAGAAAAAGAAGAAGGUGUCGAAAAGGAAGAAGAGAGUGUAGAAAAGGAAAGAGAAGAAGAAGUGAAUGUAGAAGAAGAGAGUGUAGAAAAGGAAGGAGAGGAAGAAGAAAAGAGUGUUGAAAAGGAAGGAGAAGAACAGAGUGCAGAAAAGGAAGGAGAAGAACAGAGUGUAGGAAAAGAAGAAGAAGAGCCUAUAGAGAAGGAAGGAGAGGAAUUGAGAAUGCCAAAGGAAGGAGAGGAAGAAGAGAGUAUGGAAAAGGAGGGAGAGGAAGAAGAGUUUAUGGAAACAGAAGAGGAAAAAGGGAGUGUAGAAAAGAUGGGAGAGGAUAGAAAUGACAUGGAAAAGGAAGAUGAUGAGGAGAGUAUGGAAAAGGAAGGAGAAGAAAAAGAUAUGCAAAGGGAAGGAGAGGAUGAAGAGGAACUUAUGGAAACUGAAGAGCAAAAAGAGAGUGUAUUAAAGGAAGGAAUGGGAAAGAAUAUGCAAAGGGAAGGGUUGGAUGAAGAAGAGCUUAUGGAAACUGAAGAAUGUGAAAAAGAAGAGCUAAUGGAAACUGAAGAAGGGUGUAUGGAAAAGACAGAAGGAGAGAGUAAGGAAGGAGAAAAAGGAUAAACACAAAGGAAGGGGAGGGAGAUGAGGCUAUUAAGUCCUUAGCCAAUGUAUGUGAACCCUCUCAAUCCGAUGUGCCCUCUUGCCAUCCUUUAUCCUAGAACUGCCCUGGAGAAAAAAAAAAGCAGGCAACGUGGUUUUCUUAAGUGUCCUUAUUAAGUAGAAGUCAGAAAGGGAUGGAUACCUCUGAGUUUGAGUCCAUCAAUUUGGUUAUCAAUUCCCUGAAGGCUAGCUAUGCCAUCUUCAUUUUCUACCCUUCACAAUGUAUUUUGGACAUAGCAGACCCCAUUAAAGAUUUGUUGC